GCUCUAGCUUCCCACGUGGUCUUCGACCACGACUUGAAAGCAUCUUGCGCCGUCUUCACAGCAUCAUUUAGAUCUGUUUCACUCGCGAUCGGGACAUCCCAUAGAGGAGAUUUAUCGGAUGGGUUUAUCCCAUUGUGUCGCACGACCAGAAUGGGGAAAUGCCGAAAGGACUACCCGAGUUAACCCCGCCAAUUCAGCCUGUUAUCAUUGUGGGGAGGAGCCACUGCCUUGGUAUCAGAUAGGCGCCAUUGGAGAUAAACAGCCACGUUUUGUUCCCUGGCAGCAUCCAGCCGAAGCUGAAAUUCCAAAUCCACAAUGCCGCGCCAGUGCUUUGUAUUGAUACAAAAGCCACGUGAAAAGACCUGGACGAAAGUCCAGGCAAGGUUCUGUUGAUCAAGACCAAAAGAUGUCACUUCCAGAAAAACACAAGACAGCAGUCGUCGUGAGAGAAAAUGAUAAACCAAGUUUCGCAAUCGAAUACGCAUCACUACCCCAACCCGGCUCCCAAGACGUCCUCGUCCGUCUCUCAGUAACAGGAGUAUGCGGCACUGACAUCGCGCUCGCAUCAGGCGAACUCGGCCCAUCAUGCCCUAUCCUCGGGCACGAAGGAGUCGGUCGAGUAGUGCAACUCGGUGCUGGAUUGAGCGAGUCGCAAGUCAAGCUCGGGCAGCGCGUUGGUAUCGCGUGGCAGCGUGAUAUUUGCGGGACAUGCGCCAUGUGCUUGAUUGAUGGGGGAGAGACGAGAUGUCUCCAGCAGCUGAACUCGGGACGGAAGAUCGAUGGGACGUUUGCGGAAUAUGCUGUUGUGCCGUUCAAGUAUUUGACAGUCUUACCUGAAGGGCCCGAAGAUCAGCUUAUCGCGCCUAUCUUGUGUGGUGGUGUGACGAUUUACAAGGCGUUGAAGAUUUGUGGUGCUACUUCUGGUCAAUGGGUUGUCAUUUCUGGAGCUGGGGGUGGGGUUGGAGCUCUAGGAAUCCAGUACUCGAAAGCGAUGGGAUUUCGAACGAUUGCUAUUGAUGCCGGGAAAGAGAAGGAGCAGUAUUGCUUAGAUCUUGGGGCCGAGGUCUACAUUGAUGUUACCACGACUAAAGAUGCUUCUCUAGUCGUCAAAGAGAAGACUGGCCUUCUUGGUGCAGCAGCUGUUUUGGUUACAGCAGGGUCUGGAAGAGCGUAUCAAGAUGCUUUGGCCAUGUUAGGGCCAUUUGGAACACUGGUUUGUAUCGGUAUCCCGCCACCUACUCAGUUGGUCAAUUUCCAUCCGCUUCUGUUUAUUGAUAUGGGAAUUCGGAUCAUCGGGUCAGCCGUUGGAACGCGCCUGGAUAUUCUUGAAGCAGUGAGCUUUUUGCAGAGGGGGUUGGUGAAUCCAGUGGUACAGAUGAGUACACUUGAAGAGUUAUCCGAAGUGGGACGACAAAUAUCUGCGGGAAAGGCGAUUGGGAAGUUCGUUGUUCGAUUGGGUGAGGAUAGGGUUCAGCUUUCCAGACUUUGA